AUGCCCGGUCUAGUCCAGCGAGGACGAAAGCGCCCGUCGCGUGCUAUUAGCGAGGACCUCGACGAGUCUUCCGAUGCCUCGUCCUCACCUUCCACGAACGGCAAACGCGCCCGCCAUGGCCGAGACGCGCCUUCCUCUUCCGCGCAAACGAACGGCGACGCAAACGGCUCGACUGAAGGCGACUUCAAAGCAGGCUCUCUCGUCAGGGUGAAGCUCGAAAAUUUCGUUACAUACACGGCUGCGGAGUUCCAUUUAGGGCCGAGCCUGAACAUGGUCAUCGGGCCCAAUGGCACAGGAAAGAGUACCUUGGUCUGCGCAAUCUGUCUGGGUCUGGGAUGGGGCAGCGAACACCUGGGAAGAGCCAAAGAGGUGGGACAAUUUGUCAAACACGGCGCUGCCGAAGCCACCAUCGAGAUCGAGCUCGCAACGGGUCCUGGCAAUGGCCCCAAUCGCAUUGUCAGGCGUGUCAUACGCAAGCGCGACAACAAGUCCCAAUUCUUUCUUGACGGUCCACGUGUGCCGCAGCAAGAUGUACAAAAAAUGGCCAGACAAUAUUCCAUCCAGAUCGACAACCUCUGCCAGUUUUUACCGCAAGACCGUGUAGUGGAGUUCGCGAGGAUGAGCGACGUCGACCGAUUACGAGAGACCCAACGCGCUGCAGCGCCUCCGCAGAUGGUCGCAUGGCAUGAUGAGCUCAAGAAUCUGCGUACACAGGAACGCGCUUUGGAGACGAAGCAGAAUAACGAACGCAACCAUCUGGACAUGCUGGAGAAAGCACAAACCGCAACAAAAGAUGACGUAGAUCGCUACCAUCAACGAGAAGGCCUUUUGCGAAAGUCGAAGUGCUUGAAGUCGGUCAAGCCUAUCAUCGAGACGAAAAUCCUCAAGACUGAGAUUACUGCAGUAAAGGCAGAGAUUAGAGACGCCAGACUGGAACUCGAUCAAAUCAACAUCGACAUAGAACCAGCGCGAAGGGCUCAGGCAGAAGUCGAAACAUACCAGAACGAUAUUGAGCAAAUCGUAAACCUUCGCAAGAACCGGGUCGACAUGAUCAAGACACAGGCUGAAAAGCUCGCGACUAAAAUCGAGACCGGCAAAGCGAAAGCGGCGGAAACUGACAACCAGAUCAAAGCCGAAUUGAGUUCGAAGAAAAAGCGCGCAGAUGACAUGGUUCGCCUCAACCGUGAUAUCACCAGGCUGGAAGCCCAGCGACAGGACCGACCCGAGCAAUUCGACGCUGAGGCUUACGAGCAGCGCAAGUCGAAUCUUCGCGACCAGAUCUCUACUAAUAUGGGCCUCAUUUCCGACAAAAGGAGUAGCAUGAAAGAGCUAGCUACCCGCGCUGGCGUCGUGAAAGCCCGACACACGCAGCUGAAAGCUAAUCAGGAUCGGCUGAAUACACAGAGCGGAAAGCAAGCCAGCCUUUUGAUGAGAAUUUCCCGCGAGACCGCUGCCGCAUGGGACUGGAUUCAAAGGAACAAAGCGUCUCUGCAGUUGAAAGGUGAAGUCUUCGGGCCACCGAUACUGGAAUGUUCUGUCUCAGAGCCCAGGUAUGCUAAGGCCUUCGAGAGCCAAUUGAAAAAGGGCGAUCUCAUUGCCAUCACUUGUACCACCAACGAGGACUCGAAGAUGCUGGGCAAGCGUCUACUCAGUAACAAGGCCAACGGCGGGCAGGGACUCAGCGAAGUCUAUCUUCGAACAUCACUAAAGCCCCUCUCCUCGUAUCAACCGCCCAUGGACAGGGCAGGCUUGGCCCAAUACGGGUUUGAGGGUUAUAUUUUAGACUACGUCAAAGGACCCGACGAGGUCUUAGCCAUGCUGUGCGAAGGCUGUAAACUGCAUCAGAUCGCGUAUGCUGCAACGCCACUAUCUGAUGAUGUACAUAAGUUUGUGGAGGAGCGAAGCCCGAUUCGUAGCUGGGUGAGUGGUUCGGACACGUAUCGCGUGAUCUCACGCUACAACCAGUCUUCUACGUCCGUUGUACCACUAAGGCCAGCACAAUCUUUCGUAGAUCAGCCAGGCAAUACGGAUGAGUUGCGAGCCAUCAUUGAGGAACAAAAAGGGCUAGUACAAGAGGGAGAAGAGCUACGCGAGAACCACAAGAUCCUCAAGGACGAAGUCAGCAAACUCGAGGGGGAGAAUGAGGAUCUCAAACAACAGAAGGACGCUGUGCAAGCUGAGCAAGACGGCUUGAGAAAAGCUUUCGCCGAAUGGGAAGCUCUACCCGACAAAAUUGCAUCGAAACAAGCCGACCUGCACAGCAAAACGCAGGAAAAUGCGGAGACAACCGCCCGCAUCAAAGCCAUCAAAGCUGACGCUCGUGCCACACUACUGCAUGUAGCGAACCUGACACUUGAAUAUGCUGUCAGUCACAAAAGCUUCGUCGCCGAAGUCCUGCUGACGAUCCCACAGAAAGUUGUAACCCAAAUGAGGGCAUUCCACGAAUCGCUUGUCGAGGCUGAGAUCCGGCUCAUCGAAGUCAAGUCGGAGCUCAGGGGCCUCAUAAAAGAGAACAGCGCGAUCCUGGACAGACAGAAAGCACAAGAACACAAGAUCAACGAGCGCACAAAUCACGAGCGAGUUCUUCGGGCCAAGUACAGAGAGCUGCAAGAGGCUACGCAGAGCGACAUUUACAGUCUCUGCGAAGAAGAAAGGCAGAUCGUCAUGGAAUACAAAGAGCUUCCCACACUCGAAGCAUUGGAGCUAGAGGUUCAGUCGGUCAACGCCCGGCUAGAGAUGAUGGCCGAAGGUAAUCCUGGGGCGAUCAGGGCCUAUCAGAAGCGUGCGGGCGACAUCGAGAAAACGCGUGAGAACCUGGAACAGUACGCUGCUAGUCUCGAAGAGAUCAAAGAAAACAUCACAGAAAUCCGCCAGCAGUGGGAGCCUCAGCUCGACGUUCUCAUCCAAAGGAUCAGCGGGGCUUUCGCACACAACUUCGAGCAGAUUGGAUGCGCUGGUGAAGUCCAGGUGAACAAAGACGAAGACGACUUUGACAACUGGUCCGUCCAGAUUUCAGUCCGUUUCCGAGAGAACGAGCCGCUCAGCGUAUUGAACUCUCACCGCCAGUCCGGUGGCGAGCGUGCCGUGUCAACAAUCUUCUACCUCAUGGCAUUACAAGACCUUGCCCAGUCACCAUUCCGCGUCGUCGACGAGAUCAACCAGGGUAUGGAUCCCCGCAACGAACGCAUGGUACACGAGCGCAUGGUGGACAUUGCAUGCCAAGAGAACACAAGUCAAUACUUCCUCGUCACCCCCAAACUUCUGCCUGGUCUCAAGUACCACGAGAAGAUGAAGGUGCAUGUCAUCAACUCUGGAGAGCACAUUCCAAUUGCACAGGGCGUUCAGGGUGAAUGGAACUUGUCCAGUAUGGCUGAGAUUGCAUUGCGAGUGAGGAGGAGCGUUGCAGUUGCAUGA